AUGGCUGAUCAAGAUACAACACUCCCCGGAGAAACUAUCCCUCAGUCUUCGCAUCCCCUUCCACGCCAACGCAUGGGCGUGCAGCGCGACCAAGCGCUACCCAAUCCCCAGCCUUGGCCAGCACCCCAAAAGCUCGACUGGGACCUACACGUGUCUACGCGCACUGCCAGUCGACUACACAGGGUUGCAGUGCAUAAGAGCAUCACCUUACUGAAUACAUGCCUUCAAGAGACAGAGGCUCUGGCAGUCGCGCAGUCAUCACCCGCAGCCGUCGAGAGCGUCUAUCCAGAGCAAGCACCAAAUUUGGCCGAGCAUCAGCUGAAUUCCAGUGACUACUGGGACACCAUUCUCUCGCUUCCGAAGCCUGAGGAUGCUGACCUCGAACAUGUCACUCGCUCUCUCAGACGUAGCGAAAUCCAAACGUCUACUGCCGCUCAGUCCGAGGACACUGAAAACGACAGCGCAGGCGCAGAUACCCCCCUACCCACCCCGACACAGCUUACGGUUGCUGGGUCUUCCCAGCCAAGUCACAACGAGACUGUCGACAGUUCAAUCUCGAUGGAGGACAUGCCGGCGAUCGACAAUGAACAACCUAACCCAUUCGACAACAUGGGCAUACCAAUGGAUCUAGACGUUGCCGUUCCUAGCGGAAUCGACUCUGUGCAGGCGGAGGCUCCUCGUGACGAUGGCGCGCCGAGCCACAUUGAAGACGAAGCAAUGAAGGACGACAACGUCUACUUCAACGACGACGAAAUAUUGUCAGGCACAGAGAAUACCGCCGGCGAACUGCUCGCUGACUGGCUCGAAUCCAAAGAAUUAGACAAAGAGCUCCUCGACGCGAAAUCUGAUAAAUCCACAAAGUCUGAGAGUCUCGCAGGGUCUGAGGAUCUCUCAAACACGGCGACCUCAUUUGCACUCAGUGACUCCACUGACGCCAUGGACACUGGGAUCGAAAUUCCAUUCUUGCCUCUAGACCAACCAGUUCCCCGUGUUCUUCGCUGGCCGUCCCCUGAAUGGAUUCGCGAUUACCCCAGCAAUGACUCAUGGCCAUUCAACUUGUACGACUAUCUGUUCAGGAUUGAAAAAAUCCGUCGAAACGUCAGGUCAGCACUGCAGCAACGAGGCUUGGAGAAUACCGAGAACGCCGGCAGCACCAUGGCCGACGCAAGCAACCUGGCAGGGGCUGGGUAUGACGACGGGGGCGAGGAAGAAGACAAUGUCGAUGGUCGAUUCGAUCUGCUCCAGAUGCAGAACAACUGGAACGCAGACGUCGCCGAAGAUGUCAUUGAAUUCUUCAACAAAGCUGGACCCGAUGCCACGCUCAUAAGCGCUGCGCACCUGCGCCGACUCAAGGCGACGGUCGCGCAGCUGGGCCUCAUGGUCAGGAUCUCCGCGACGGCAAUAACUCGUCGCGAGAAGAUGCCUGCGAACCGCAAUCAUCUCUUUCAAAGUCUGCACAGCGUGCGCGGCGACAAGAGCCAUGUGAUGCAUUCUAAGGGUUUGGGCAGCACAUUGCGAGAAGUGAUCUCCGUGGAUGAGCCCUGGCCGGAGGCUUGGGAAGUGGGCCUAUUGCGCCCCGAAAGACGUAAACUGUUCGUUAUGGGCAAGAAGGAGUACCAGACUUCAAAGAAAGACGACCAGGACGGGCUAUUUUUUGUUGGCGCCGGAGAGGAUGAAUAG